AUGGCAUUUCUGAAGAGAAAAAGACACAGUGAAGAUGUAGGAAGCUGCACACCAGAACAUACCAAGAAGCAAACCCGCAAUACCAACCACAACGAGAGAUCGGAGUUCUUCUCCCAACCUUGGGAGUACCAGAUCGGAGAAAGAAGCCCAGGUCCAAGACACCGUCCGCAUGCGAUAACCAUAUCCACAUCGCCCAGAGGUCGUUUCUCCGACAAAUAUAUCAGAGAAGCCGGCGGGCAUCGCUGGAAGCCCGACAGUAGGCUCUCAACUCUUGAACACUUCCGUCCACUGUCAUAUGCAAAUACUGCCACAACGAACAAGACGUCGAAUGAGACUUACCUCUCGUGGAGCUUUCCUCCGCGCUCGGCAGCUCCAUUCGGGGUGCAACAUCCAAAGUUCAUGGGCUUGCCAGAUACCCUAAGAACGGUCACUCCUGCAAGGAACCACAUACAGCAGCAGCAGGAUCGUCCCAUGGUCCAUAGGUCGAGCUCGGUGAGCAAUGGAUUCCUGCAGCGCUGGACUACUGAUGCGCUGCUUGGAGGUAUCGAGGCCUUUGCACACAGAGGGAAUACCCGUUACUCGUUGGACGACCUCAAAGAAAUGGCCAAGAGGCAACGGUCCAGCCAAUCUCCUGAGACCGGCGACCCUCAUAUUACUGCUCUAUAUGGUCGACAGACCCAAGGACCGGCUGGUUUGGGCAAGCAUCAAACCACCGUGCCUGCUGGUCAAGUGAGCUCCCUCCGGGAAAGACCGCAUCCGUCUUUGACAUCAACGCACAAGGGGAUUGGAACGCAGGAAAGGGGUGAUGCACAGAGUAGAGCUGGGCUUCAGUCUCCAAUCAACAUUGGCGGUCCAUCCAUUGAGCUAAAGUUGCAACGUGACGAUGCAGAAAAGGAAGAUGCAACAAGGCCCGCGGGUAAUCAUCAUAAUAGCUUCCUUAUACACACCUUGGCCGACUUCCGUCCGGACACCGAGUUGGCCGGCGAACCGCCUCCACUUCAAACAGGGCAUGCUUCCAAAAGUGCAGAAUGUACUACUCUGCGUCUGCAUGUUUUUGGUAGCAGGCGAGAUGAAGCAGGAGACCAUAUAACGCCAGUUGGAGACGCUGGUGGUCAAGUACCAACUCCUGUUCCUGACUUCAGCAAAUCCCGUUCCCCAUGGAGAAAGGGGGUUGAGCCGGCAUUUCACUCGAGACAAGAGGCGGUAGAUGCCGGUCAAGCUUCGCGUGACGAGCUGGAUGAGCUGGUGGAUGAGCUGGAUGAACUGGAUGAAUUCGACGCCCGGUUGUUGCAGAUGACUGAACCUCUCCCCGAUCCUUCGGAGGAGUGGAAAAUGGCUGGCGGAGGUCUCACAAACGAGACUUUUGGGCUGGGACUCGAAAGCGGGCAGUCCGAACUAUGGACCACAGGAACAACAAUCAUUGAACCAGCUCAUGCUUUCCAGUAUGGGCUUCACAAGCAACAGAGAGGACAGGAAAGACCGUACGAGGCUGAGUGGGAGGUUACAGCAGAGAGCAGAGAAGUCGAUCAUGAUGGACGCGGAGUCUACCACGGCACUCGUUCUUUUGUGGAGGAGAUGACCCCUGGCCCCUUUACAGGGUUCUCUCGGCCUUAUCUUCUGUAUUGA